AUGGCGGGUAGUGCCUUGUGUCGAUUAUCUUUGCGACUGAAAUUGGGGAGCAGAAGCACAAUGUAUUGGGCUGUAAUUUUUUCUGGUGUCUUACUCUCGAACCUUAUUCUCUCCCCAGUCCUCUCGCAGUCUACUGUGGCUUCUCCAGAAGGUGAGUCUGUAAAGUGGCUUUCCAGAAGUCUUUCUCAAGAGAAGGUGAUCAUCACCGCCGACGUUAAUUACAACGAGAGCUCACCUAGCUUGCCGAAUGGCGAACAGUUGAAAACUGCUCUGGUGUUUCUUCCUAUCCAAAUGACACGCUCGAAGUUUUGCUACAACUUGCCAAUUGCAUUUAACGCAACUGAAGGAUCACGAAAUUAUCUUCUUCGAGUUAUGUUUCCCAGUCAAAAUUUGACUGUGAAUGGAACUGCAUUAUCGGGAUAUGCCACUCGGUUCUACCUUACUGUCGACUCCACCUACAUCACCACAAUCGAGCUACUGCCAUCUAUGCCGCAAACAAUCGAGCUGGUCGUCUCUUCAAUGGAUAACAGAUUUUACGUUUGUCUCGUGCCCUUGGAAGACAAGUCCUCAAUGCCAGCUAUCUCAACUCUGGAGUUGCGUCCGUUCAAUCCAGAUUCCUAUGGCAGAACUGGUCAGUCGAAAGAAAAGCAGCAGUCGAGCUAUCUCAUGCUCGUUGAUCGUUUGGACUUCGGAGGAAUACUUGACACUGAGUCGGCUCCUCUCAGGUAUCCCGCAGACCCUUUCGAUCGUAUAUGGUUAUCCCCACGAAUUCCCGAAGGAGCGCAGUUUGAGGCUUACAACAGGACCGAAGAUGCAAACCUUGGGUAUGGCGGGGACAGUGUUUACUUCCCUAGUGCAGUGAUGAGAUCGAUAUGGAGGGGAAGAAAUUUGUCGUCCACCAUUAACUUUGACGUUUAUGUGAAGAGGGCUAAAGCCCGCCGUCCACUACCAACAUUCUGGUUCCAGAUGUUAUAUUCAAACGUAGUUUCUGGAGCUGUGAAUCCUCAUCAAUCCGUCAGACAAAUCGACGGUGAUCUAGCUUCGGUCUGGUCGCCGUUUGAGGUACCCAUUACUCCCGGUUUUGUUCAGAUAAUGAGCCUCGACCAGGUCAUCGGUAGCGAUUCGCUUACAAUCACAAUUGAACCAAAUGGAACCACAGAAGCACCUGUUCUGAUAAAUGCAGCCGAGAUUCAUGGUGAGUUUGCAGCAGUGGCAGUGAGAACUUCAAAAGUUGAUGUGGAUGCAGUCAGGAAGCUUUAUCCCAAUUUCGCAUCAAGUUCUGUAGACACAGCUGGCGAUCCGUGCUUGCCAGUUCCUUGGGGCUGGCUAGUUUGUAGUAUCGAGUUGCCCCCUACAAUAACCCAAAUAAAUCUUACUGGCGAAGGUGUGGCCGGUGUAUUACCUAGUGUAUUUGGAGCACUGAGUCAAUUGACGAUUUUAGAUCUGUCUGAAAACAAUUUCGACGGGUAUUUCCCUGAUUCUCUUGGAGGAAUCCGCACACUCAGAGAACUGAACUUGGGACACAACAAGCUGCAUGGAGAGUUACCAUUAUUCAGCGCAAAAUCACUUGACAAUCUGGUAAUGCUAUCACUGUCCAGCAAUAUGUUCAGGGGGACACUGGAUUCAUUAAUGGAAGCAUUAGACGAAUCGAUUCAAAACUUAGACCUCAGCAAUAACAAAUUCGUCGGAGCUGUACCUUGGAAUAUAGAAGUGCUAGAAAACUUGGAGACUUUGGAUAUGUCCAACAACCAAUUGUCGAGCGAGUUAGCAGUCAACUUCAGUAAGCUCAGGAAUUUGAAAAAUCUGAACUUGAGCCUUAAUAAUCUGAACGGUACAUUGCCUGACAGCAUUUGGAACAGUCGCAAUCUUCAAUUUGUAGACCUCAGCAAUAACAAAUUCGUCGGACCCGUACCUGGGAAUAUAGAACUGCUAGAAAACUUGGAGAAUUUGGAUAUGUCCAACAAUCAAUUGUCGAGCGAGUUAGAAGUCAACUUCAGUAAGCUCAGGAAUUUGAAAACUCUGAACUUGAGCCUGAAUAAACUGAAAGGUACAGUGCCUGACAGCAUCUGGCCUGACAGCAUAUAUAACAAUCGCAAUCUUCAAUUUGUGAAUUUGAGAAACAACAGCUUUGUGGAAUUGAAUCUUACAACAUGGUAUAAGAGGGUUGCCGAAGGCAAAAGUCUCGAUGCUCCUCGAAUUCAGCUGCGUUUGGCUGGAAAUCAAAUACACCGCAUUAUUUCACCGAGCCUUCAAACUUUAGAGAGUAUAAUAGUAGCGCCACCUUCACUAUCUGAGCAGCUGCUCUCGAUACAGUCUCCACAAACUUUUAUCUUGCUUGGAGAUAAUCCGUGGUGCCUCAAUGAUAAUGACGGAGUGAAUUUAGCGUUCAUCAAAAAAUACAUGUGCCGAUCUGACGAGCAUGAGAACUUCUGGCCUUCCCCAUCACACGAUGGUGUCCAAACAGGAGUACUAAUUCCCGUGGGCGUGGUAUCUGGAAUUUUCGUGUUACUUCUGAGUUGUUUAAUCAUAUUCUUCACGUGGAAAAUGCGAAGACGCAGUCGUGAAAUUCAACAGAUACAAGAAGCUUUAGCAAAAGAGCACGUGAAGCCACCGUUUUUCAGCUACGUUGAACUCAAAACGGCUACACACAGUUUCUCAAGUUCCAACGAGUUAGGAAAAGGUGGAUUUGGCACUGUUUACAAGGCUGAACUAGGAGAUGGGAGUGUUGUUGCUGUGAAGAGACUUACUCCGACUAAGCAGAGUACAUCGGACUUCUUGAAAGAAAUGGUAAACAUCUCGGGUAUCAAACAUAGACAUCUGAUUCAACUGAAGGGAUGUUGUGUAAGAGAGAAUCAGCAACGAAUGCUGAUUUACGAAUACGCGGAGAACAAGAGCCUCGCAGAAGCACUGUUUGGUUCAGAUCCUCAAUGUGCGACCGUCUUGAACUGGAAACAACGUUACAACAUAUGCUUGGGCAUAGCCCGUGGACUUGCGUACUUACAUGAAGAAUUGCAGCCGGGUAUGAUUCACAGAGACAUAAAGCCGGAAAACAUUCUUCUGGACAAGAAUUACGACGCAAAGAUUGCCGACUUUGGACUCGUCCGGCCCGCUAAUGAUUCAAAUCACACUCUAUUCACCAUGAACAUUGGAGGAACUAGGGGCUACUUUUCACCAGAGUAUGCACUAGAAGGCGUCGUUUCCGAGAAACUGGAUGUGUUUAGCUUUGGUGUUGUCUUGCUGGAAAUCGUUGCUGGAAGACCGUGCAUCGAUCUGAAGAUGCCACAGGAACAAAGUAUCCUACGCUCCUGGGCUGCAACGUUGUACACGGAAGGCAAGGUUUUGAACCUGGUCGAUAAAAGAUUGGAGGGCGAUUACGACGAAGAAGAAGUCCUGCUCGUGGUGGACAUGGCUCUGUCUUGUCUGCAAACAGAUCCCAAGAAACGCGCAACGAUGUCUCAACUGGUGAACGUCCUCAUGAAGAACUCAAAUGCAAGUGUAGCUGCGGACAUCGUCAACGAGCUAAAAUCCCAGACACCAUACGCGUCGAGCAUACCAGAGGACGAACACUACGUGGACACCUAUGCUGGUAGCCAAGGCGUUCAAGGAGAAUCAGACGAACUUUCUUUCAUGUCAUCAUUUGCCACCGAUUCACAAGUCUCGGUUAGGGUGCCUCGAUAGUGCGUACAUGAGCACAUGCCGUAUCUCAAGUUCCUAGAUUAGGUCGUCUGUACCCUAUGUUCUCUUCCAGAUAUCUCAAUUGACAUUACCUUUGCGUGUGCCCUUGAGCCAAAGACGUAGGGAGACCAGUGUUUAACUUGAACAAGAAUCUAUUUACUUUAUUCUCCGUCUACUUUCAAGCAACUGCAUUCCGAUCGUAAAUUAUACGAGGGUGACAAAAUUUAAUACUCUAUGUAAUUUCAAGCAUCUGCAUUACUUAUUAGUUAAACUUGCUAGUUAGAUUAGUUAGUUGCUAGCUAGCUACUACCUGUCAAUAUAGAUUCUGGAUUGAAUACUGCCUCAUUUAGAAACCAGAAUGAUGUAUGAGAGAAAAAAUAUAAAUGUGAAGUCAUCAUUGUAGUCAUUCUUUCUAAACUCUGGAUGGCAAUAAAAUAUGUAUUUAAACUC